AUGGCCGGCGGAGACGACCUGAAGCUGCUCGGCACAUGGGCAAGCCCGUUCGCCAUCAGGGUGAAAUUCGCGCUCGCCCUCAAGGGCCUGACCUACGAGUACGCCGAGGAGGACCUCGCCAGCAAGAGCGACCUCCUGCUUAGCUCCAACCCGGUGCACAAGAAGAUACCCGUGCUCAUCCACAACGGCUUGCCGGUCUGUGAGUCCAACGUCAUCGUGGAGUACGUCGACGAGGUGUUCGCCGGCCCGUCCGUCCUCUCCGCCGACCCGUACGAACGAGCCAUCGCUCGCUUCUGGGCUGCCUAUGUCGACGACAAGCUCUUGGCAUCGUGGGCCACGAUGUUGUUCAGGGGGAAGACGGAGGAGGAGAAAUCCGAGGGGAAGAAGGCGUUGUUCGCGGCAUUGGAGAACCUGGAGGGGGCCCUGGCGAAAUGCUCCGACGGGAAGGUGUUCUUCGGCGGGGCAAGCGUCGGGCUCGUGGACCUGGCGCUGGGGAGCCAGCUCUCGUGGCUGAAGGCAACGGAGGUGAUCACCGGAGAGGGAUUCUUUGGCGGCGACAAGACCCCACUCCUUGCCGCGUGGAUGGAGCGCUUCAGCGAGCUCAACGUUGCCAAGGCGGCAUUGCCAGACGUCGACAAGGUGGUUGAGUUCGCCAAGAUGAGGCAGGACCGGAUGGCUGCAGCAGCGGCGUCAAAUAACUAAUCGAACCAGUUCGGCUUGGUCAUAGGACUGAAAAAGCCAGUUUGCUGCAGAAUAAAAUAGUCUCAAUAAUUGUUGUCUCUGCCAGCUUGAUUUCAUAAUCUGCAUAUUUGUACAACUAGAUUUGGUUUUAUAUUUGGUUGAAUCCCAGUUUAUUC